AUGAGAUUAACUUCAAUAAUAACAAUAAUAUCUUUACUUUAUACUGUCAAAGCAGCAGAUCAAUCAGAUGUACAAUUUUUCACAGCAUUAGUUGGAGAUUUUCAAGAUCAUAAAACAGAUUAUAUACGUUUCUUUGGAACUGCAACAGGUAUACCAGGAGCUUUAUCAACUUUAGCAACUCAAGUUUUAACAUAUACUGAUACUUCAUAUACAACAUUAUUAGAUUCAAAUCAAAUAAAUGUGGGAGAAAUUGAAAGUUAUGCAUCAAAUAUUCCUUGGUAUACUAGAAUUCAAGCUGAGGCUGGUGAGGGAGGUAGUGGUAGUGGUUCAGGAAGUGGUAGUGGUUCAGGAAGUGGGUCAUCUAGUCAAGCUACAAAUGGUGGUUCUUCUACUAGUACAUCUGCAGCUCAAUCAUCACAAAAUAAUGGAGCAUCAGCUACUUCAGCACAAACUUCAUAUGAUCCCCAAAAUUCAAUAGAUUCUUCAAAAGCUGCUGUAGCUGCUGCCAAAUCAGAUGAAGCAGCUGAAAGAUCUACUGCUUUAGCUGCUGGAUUAUCAACUAGUUUUGGAGCUAUAAUUGGUGCUCUAGCUAUUGCUUUAUUGUAA